GGCUAGGCGUGCGCGCACACACACACACACACAAAUGCAUAAAUGACUGACGCUGCAAGGAGUCUGUGAGGAAGGAAAUGAGGGGAGGGGUGGGAGAAUGAGGCAGGGAGGUGGAAACAAGAAUCAGCAGCAGCAUCAGUGGAUGAACGUGCAUCGUGAGAGGGAGAGAGAGCGAGGGGGAGAAAGAGAGAGAGUGCUAGACAGGGAGGAGAGGAGAACAGAGGACAGUUGGCUACACUGCUCAAAUGCAGUCGGCGGUUGGGAGGCGAGGAGGAUGAGAGGAGGAUGAGAGAGCGUGGGGGAAGGAGAAAAGACAAAGGGAGAUCACAUCGUUGUUUUCGUUCCAUAGAAGAGAGGGGAAGAAAGCGAUCUACACGGAAACAAGAAAAGAAGGAGAGUUCAACCAUGACUCUGUCAUUUUUCAGCCAGAGGAAGCAAGUCAACGGAUAACAGCAUGAGCGGCUUUUCCUCUGUCAGGGACGGAACUGAGGGAGAGAAUAUCAAAGAUAUUUUUUGGCUAAUUAGUGUGUUUAUUUUGCCUUCACUUCUUUCAGCAUCUCAAAAGAAAUAAACAGAAGGGAAAUCGGACAUUCGUUUUAGUGUAUAUACUUUCAGUGCUUUUACAGACAUCACUCUUAUUACUUUAUAGCUUAUAUGCAGUAAAAAAAAAAUCAGGUUUCUCUUAUGCAAAAGUUUUAAUGUGUUAAUUAAAUCGUCAAUUAUUGCAUUGCGUUGCACUCUUUCUCUUAUAUUUCUUAUAUUGGGCUUAUCAGUGUUGUUGUUAUUUUUUUAAAGGAUGUUCCGUUUUAGCUGGAACCAUGUGUGCGUGUGUGUGUGUGCGUACUCUUGAGCAAUAUUUGAUUUUCUCGUUGGACUGCUGCCCUAACGGUCUCUGCGAGUGUCUGGUGCUGUCUUCAAUGAGAUGUCAACAUUGAUUAAGUUUACGCCAGCAGAGACAGUGACGGGACCUUGCCGCCUCGCAGCGUCCCAUUCGGCAGACUAUCGAUCGGCAGCGAGCGCGUAUUAAGCCAGCGCGGUGUGUGUAAAGUCUCUCGACUGUCCAAUUUGCAGAGCCGCGGCUGACAGGUUGUGUGUUGGCGGAACCCGCCGCCUUCUGUUUGGGUUCCGUCAAGGUUUCGUCUGGCACAAAUCUGAGCUGCCUUCUGUCACCAUGGCAACAAGCCGGCAACAGUGAAGUCUAACAUCACUGUUUGAAGUUGGCAUAAACUUUUAAGGAAAUUCUGUCUCAUGUUCUUUAGAUAAGAGGCAGCGAGAAGAUUUUAAGGUGCUUGCAUUUUUUUUUUUUUAAACCCACGGUCUAUCUUUACUUACUUUUUGUACAGCUUGUUAGUUCAUACUUGUCAUCACUUUCAAUUAAGGACAGACAGACAGGAUUUAUACCCAUUUCCUAUCUUCUGUUCUACCGGUGCAAACAGUUUGGUCUUGGAGUCGACUAUAGAGUAUUUGUAGUUAAACUCAGGUUUCAUCUUCUUUCUGGAGUGCCAACAAUGACCAUCACUGCUAGCAGAGGUUUAUAGAGGCAAACAAAAUGGGCUGCUUAUUAACCAGGCUGCUCCUAUGCUAGUGAUCACGGUCAAAAAACUUUUCAUUCUCCUUUUUUUUUUGUUCCCCCAAACACAUAUCUGUUCUGGAUCUGUUCUUACAUGCAGCCUUACGUAGGUGCACCCUUUUUUUUAUCUAACACUUUAUACAGACACUUUUUAGUCUCUUACUCGUCUUACUAGGAAUUCAUCCACCUUAACCUUGUUAGCCAACAACUUUAUCUUGGAACAGGGAUUCUGUCAUAUUCUCGACGAACAGGUGCUACACCCGGGUUGCCGUAGUCUGACGCUGUUCCAGGCUCGGUUCUAUGUACUGUUUCUCUGUGUUUUUGUAACCUUGUUGUUGAGGUUUUAACUUCUGUGAACAUUUCUUUUCCUUUUGUAUACACUGUGCACCUGUCACACCGCAUUUCUGUCAUUGAUCUUGCACAGAUUGUGCGUGUGUGUGUGUGUGUGUGUGUGUGUGUGUGUGUGUGGAUUCUACGCACGUGCCAAGUCCAGCUCACACUCCAGGAUUGCAUCAAUUCAUAUUGCGUGCCGUGUAUUUGCAAGCGUUGCUGCAUUUAAUCAACUCUCAGUGAGGUCCCAUAAGCGUUUCCACUUAGUGAACCUCUUUAGAGCUGCACUGAAAAGACACUACAAGCUUAAUAACAAGCUUGUUCAACUUUAUUACACUCCACAGCAACAUCGGAGCAAUCUUAGAGCGGUGUAAUGCUCGCAAGGAUUCACGGUUCUGCAGCAGUAAAUGUGUACUGUUCUUUAACGAAUGCAACCUUGUGAAGUCUAUGUAAUCAAGUACUACUGAUUCCAGCCAUCGGUGCUCUGCUGAAACAAUCCGACUGCUUUAUGAUUUCCUAAUGCUUACUUUUUUCGGAAAUGGUGCGAUCUGAUUUUUGAGUUGUGUGUGGGAAUGAGAAAAGUCUCUGAGGACAUGACAAUCUAAAGAGCAAGGUUAGAAAUCGGCCAGCCGAUGUAACGCAGAUACUGUUACAGUCACCGAAAGUGCUUCUGAGGUUUUGGUAAUAUAUGCAGUGGGCUAGGACUGUACUUUAUGCUUGUAGGACUGUUUUUUUUUUUUUUUUUUUUUUUUUUGUAAAAGUUGGCAACUAUAGAUUGUUGUUUCCUUGCCAGGAUUUUUUUUUUUUAGGAGUUAAGUCUUCUUCUAUGUUUUUGUUCGGCGUGGGUUUUUUUUUUUCCUCAGGAAACUGAUUCCUUUAGACCUGCUCCAUUUGAGGGAGCCAUCUCUCAGACGGGAGGUGUCAGUUAGGAUAAUGAGCGCAUGAUUGAUUUUCCAGUCCGCCUCUAAUGAGAUCUCUUAGGGCAGAACUUUGGAUUGAGCCAAUCAACUCUCAUUACGAUCACACUGACAAGCGGCUGUUUGCCGGUACCAUGGGAAGUCAUGUUCCAGAUGUCGGAGGAUGACAAUCUAUAUACCUUGGCCCACACACAUGUACAAAGUCACUAAUGGUGCUCUAGUGGUUUAACCUUUUACAAUAGCCAUAUUUUGAUCUGAUUUCUAGAACAUUGGUAGGACAGUUUCAGGGCUCUCUUUGAUCAGUUUACCUUUUUUUCUAAAUCAGUUACAUUUCUAUGUCUGUAAUUAUCUUUACAAUCUAUGUAACUCUGGGCUUUUUUUUAGUCUCAGUCGAUCAGUUAUAGAACUAUUCACUUGCAAGAAACAGUGAGUGAAAGUGAAUAUUUAGAAGUCGCUGUACUUUUUAACCAAAAAGGAAGGAAGGGCAAAGAGUCAGCCUGGAGAACGGGAAAGAAUACGUGGGCGGGGGAACGGGGGAGAGAGAGAUCAUCUGGAAGAAGCGGGCGAGCGUGAUUGAAAGGGAACGAGCGAGGGAGAGGGAGCGAGAACAAGAGGAGGAGGAGAGGAAGAACAGGGCCCAGUACACAGUCUGGAGGCUAAGGGAGGGAUUCCAGGAGAGGAGGGAUAGAGAAGAAGAACAGCUGAAGGGAAAGAGUACAGAAGGAGCGAGAGAACCUCAGCCAGAAGUGAUUUGGAAGAGACGAGAGGAAGAGGAGAAAGAGACAGAGGGGAUACAGCUGGAAGACAGGGGACCCCGGAUCAUCUGGAGAAAAAAGGAGAGAGAAGGAGAAGUAAGAAGGAAUAUAUAUGUCAGUGACUUGAAACCAAAGGGGGAGAAAGAAGGGAAGAGAUCAGCCGAGUGAGCUUGAUCCAGACUAGAAUGGUGCUUUCUGUCUUUCUGUGUUCUUGAUCUAAUACCAUGUUUCUUUACACUGCACUGUAAAGUUUACAGUAUUCUUUUAUCACAAGGACUGAUUUAUAUCAGUUUGGUUCUUAAAGAUUUGAUCAAGACAGUUUGUAUAUAGCGUUCUGAACCAGGAUAUAGUCUUUAAACCACUGAGACAUUAUUGGAUCUGUGUGACUCUUUAAUGAGGAUCUUCUCAACCUUAAAGAGGUUAAAGAGAAUCUUCUGAGGUAGUCACCUGCUUUUCUCUCUCUCUCUCUCUCUUUCAUUAUUGAUUUUUCUAUUGGAAGCCUCUCAGUUGCAGCUAAUAGUUUUUAUGGGACUCUUUCAGAUAAGAGCUUUUAUAGUUUAGUCUCACACAUAGAAACCAAAACACAUCCCUAAAUAUCAAAGAAUUCCUUUUGCUUUCUUUCACGCACAUUUUUUAUUCUAAAGUGCAAGACUAUUUAAAGACACCAACAAACUGGCAUUAAGAAGACAAUCAUGCUGAGGUUCUUCAGUGGAGCUUAUGGUGCUCUAAUGAUGCGAAUUUAUAAAAAUGUGAAUCAUGAUUUACUCUAUGCAGACUAAGAUCUGAUGCAAACCCUUUCACGCGGAUUUUAAACGGCGCACUGUGUGACUACAUGAUGUCAUAGUCUGCAUGAUCUGGAACUUCACAAGAAACGCUUUCUAUUCUCGUUACUUAAAAGUCUCUCUCCUCCUUUCCUAUUUCUCACGUUCUUCUUCUUCUUCUUCUUUUUUUAAUGAACUGACCUAACAACAACACUGUCAUUUCUUUGGUCCAAAGAUGAAGCGAUCGGGAAAGGGAGACAAACAAGGAACUGUAACCAAAAAGAGUGGACCUUUUUGCAAUUUAUUUGAAAGAGACACUUGGAAAGACCUUAAAAGAACCUAAAAUCUUGUCAAUUCAGAGCUGAACUGAUAGACGAGUGGAAAAUGGAGCUCGUCCCCAAAACUAAAUACACCCCCUUCAGAAGUGACUCGUUCAGUUCUACGGACGAGACAGCUUCUAAUCCAUCUCUCCCUUCCUCAGCUCCCCUCACCCCUCUUACUCCUCCAAGCAUUGCUUCAUCUCUGUCUUCCUCAUCACUCGCCCCUAUCCUCCCCCCGACGUCCCCUCGGCCAGCUGAGAACAGCCCCACCACGCUGUGCUCCUUUUUUCCUAGAAUGGGCUCCCUGCGACUCGGCAUGUCUGCCAGUCUUCUGCCUGGCCUAAAGGCGUCCAGCAGACCCCAGGAAACACCCGGCACUUCUUGUCUCGCCUCUGCCUCUACUCCUCCUCCUCCUCCACCUCCUACUCUCCUUCCUCUAAUGGCUCCCUCUCCUCCUCCUCGUCCCCCACAGGACAUGAACCGGCUGGGUGGCGCGUCGCGGAGGGCCCGUGUGGAAGGGGGCCAGCUCGGGGGCGAUGAGUGGACGCGCCAUGGUUCUUUCGUCAACAAGCCCACAAGAGGAUGGCUGCACUCGGACAAUGUGGUCAGCACCUCCGGCGUCAGCUACACCGUUAGGUACAUGGGUUGUGUCGAGGUGCUGCAGUCAAUGAGGGCGUUAGACUUCAACACCAGAACUCAGGUUACCAGAGAGGCAAUCUCAGUGGUGUGUGAAGCAGUACCAGGUGCCAAAGGAGCUCAACGCAGGAGGAAGGCUUCAACUCGGUGUCUGACCUCUAUCCUAGGAAAGAGCAACCUCCGGUUUGCUGGCAUGACAAUCAACCUCACCGUGUCAACGAACAGCUUAAACCUACUGACAACCGACUGCAAACAGAUUAUCGCCAACCAUCACAUGCAGUCCAUCUCUUUUGCGUCAGGAGGCGAUCCAGACACGGCAGAAUAUGUAGCUUACGUAGCCAAAGAUCCUGUCAACCAGAGAGCGUGUCACAUCCUGGAGUGUUCUGAGGGCUUGGCCCAGGAAGUGAUCAGCACCAUUGGACAGGCCUUUGAGCUGCGAUUCAAGCAGUAUUUGAAGAAUCCCCCUAAGCUUGUCACCCCGCAUGACAGGAUGGCUCCUUUUGAUGGAUCAGCAUGGGAGGAGGAAGAAGAGGACUUUGCUCCUCCUCCAGAUGUUCCGUACUAUAAUAACUUCCCUGGGAAACAGCCGCCCCCAGGAGGCCUGGUGGACAUGAGAACUCGUCCUGGCCAUAGCACAGGAGCCACACUACCUUAUGGUCAGCCUGGAGCAAAUGACAUCCACAAGCAACCACUGCCUCCACUACCUGUGGGAGCAAAAGAAGGCGGCCUGUUUGACGACCCUUCAUAUGUCAACGUGGAUAAAUCUCGCCCCCAAGUGGCCGCAGCGAAUGGCAACGCUCACAGAGACGCUUUCGACAUGAAGCCAUUUGACGAUGCCCUCAGCGUGUCGGGCACAGUGCCCCCUCUGGCUCAGCAGCUGCAGAAUGAGCCCUGGUUUCAUGGUCCCCUUAGCCGCAAGAAGGCAGAGAAGCUGCUGAGCAAAGACGGUGACUUUCUGGUGCGUGAGUCGGGUACCACGCCAGGCCAGUACGUGCUCACAGGCCAGCAAGGAGGCCAGCCUAAACACCUGCUGCUCGUGGACCCGGAGGGAGUGGUUCGUACCAAAGACCAUCGCUUCGAAAGCGUCAGUCAUCUGAUCAGUUAUCACAUGGACAACCGACUGCCAAUCGUAUCUGCCGGAAGUGAGGUGUGCUUGCAGCAGCCUGUGGAACGCAGGACCUAAGAGUCUCUCUCACACACACACACUGUUGUUCUUCUGCCGUGGUGUCUCCUGCCUUUUUAAAUUCUUGUAAUUAGACUUUUCCAGAGAUCUUCUCAAAUCUUCUCAAGAGAGAAUGAGCAACAAAAAAGUGAGCGCCAUACUUUUUUGAUCCAUAAUGAAGCUUGGAAGUGGCCAUUGGACUCAUGGACCAAGAGAAAUUUACAGACAUUAGAUUAAGCUGUAAAAAUAAAAGGGAGACUCCAAUGGGGAAAAUGAGCCAAAAAAAAAAAAAUAAAUCCAACUGACUGCUGUGGUUUGGUAUGGUGUAAUGUUGAUGUCACUUCCCCUGCAAAACGACAUGUACAAGUUAAGCCUGGAAUGUCUGGGCAUUUUGGGAGCUAAUAUUCAGUAACACUGCAAAGACCAGCUGCAGACAUGAAGUGAAGUGAAUCAGAGACUUUGAUCAGAGCGCUGGUUGGUGAAGGCUGAUCAUGCAAAAUCACUAACAGAUCUACAGAUCUAACCUGUAGCCGUCCAUGAACGCUGAUGUCUCAAAGUAGAUAUACGUUACAGUAGUGGGAACUUAUUCAACAAUGUGAUUUUAGUAGAUUUAUUAGAAUAAACAGGAUCCAACAGGUAGAUCACUUCUCAGCUAUUACUCACCUACUAUUUGGGAGUAUUUCAAGGCCACAUUUCAUUAUAUAUGCUAAAAGGAAUAGAUAAUAAUAUACUGUAGAUUAUAGAAAUAAUGGAGUUAGAAAAUAGAAGAGUUAUAGGUUUAAACAAAACAAACAAAAAAAUGGGAGAAAUAUUUGCUUUCAUUGAAGAGAUGAACCCACCAGGAUCAAAAGAAAGUCAACACACAUCCAGGACCCUACAAUCUGGAAAGAACGGACUUCAUGAAAGAGUGAGAGACUGUAUACAAAGUUACCUACUAGCUCAUCAGGAUUCAAAAAAGGGGAAAAUAAAUUGAAUCUGUAGAUAGUCAUAUCCUGUUGUGGUGAUUGAGGACAAUUGUAUUAUGAACAUUUUGUUUGUUUCUUUUUUUUUUUUAAAGUUGUAUAUUUCACUUUUUAUCUGUGUUUGCCUUGACAAUCUUUCUCCAUCUGUACUUGAGUUGAAGUUGAAGUUGAAUGAAAAGAGUGAGGUGACCUAAUAGUUAAAUAGGGGUGCUAAAUUGAAAUGUCACACCCUUUUGCAUAUGAUGCAAAUGUCUGAACUAGAGUAACAUUCUGUUAAAAUAAAAGGUUUUAUCAGCUCUGCCGUAUAAUCAAGGAAGAGAACACGCACUCCAUUGUUUUGCUGUUUUCAUGAUCCUGUUUGAAUUGUGCCUUUUCAUUCAACAAAACCACAACAUUUAGGAUACAGAAAGUAAAGAUGAAAAGACAAAAACUCGAUUGUUGGUCAGAGUGCAUAACAUUUUCUUGCUAAAAUUCCUGCACCAGUGUAGGUUAGUUUGGUCCUGAUUUUAAUUGAUGGGAGUCUAAUUUGUUUUCUUGCACAUUCUCUUAAUCCUGCUGGUAACUAAUGGUCAUGUUUUAGUGCUGUGCUGUGACUUAAUGAAAACUUCUAGAUAUUGUUUUAUGUUCCUUGCAUGUAAUAUAGUUCUUCACUGCUUGUGCAGAAAUGGCUUGCUGGCAUCGUAAAAUAUAUGUAGAUAUUACAUAUCACGGUGUUCACAGUUGCUCUAUGUUCAACCCACAGGGUAAGGCCAGACAGUCCUGUUAUAAAGCUCAGCAUCGACUGAAGAAGCAAGAAACUAAUUAAAAUGAUAGUGAGGUUUACUUCUUAGAUUUACUCAAACAUAUAUUCAGUGCAGGGUUUGCGUUUAUCUUUUACAAGUGCAACGAUUUCUGUAACUGGAAACAUGAUAUCAUAAUUAGUUGGAGUAAGUGUGUACAGCACUAGACACAGUUUGGGAAAUAUUAGAUCAUCAGCAUCGACAUGCAGGGCAGGCAGACUCUUGUCUGUGGCUCGGCUUGCUGUCUGAAAUUAUGUAACUUCUUCACUCCAUGGGUGUGGUUAAAUAAGUGACUGGCACAGUGCAGUCUACCCAGGUGUGUGGGUGUUAUAGAAAGUUCCGGAACAAUCUGGCCUACUCCUUCUCACUGUUGCAUGGAAACUCUCUGCAGUCUUUGUGUUAUAGUGACAGUACUUUACCUUAUGACUGAUUGUGUUUUUCAUUUCCCAGGCCAAAGGUUUAUUUCGCCUUACCAGCACAAGCCUUUUUUUUUUAUUUUUAUUUACUGUUGUCUUUUUGAUCUAUUUUAAUAUGCCUUUAAUGUUUCUUUUUGGGGGAAAGUUCAUGUUUACGUACAGUAUGUAUCUGGAUCUAUAGAUUGCAUAUAUAAAUGCAUUAUCAGACAA